AUGCCCACGCUCCACGCGUUCUUCAACCUUCCCACGAUCCUCCUUACGACGCUGGUUGCCCACGCAUAUGCGCAACAAGGUGCUAUCGAUGACGAAAAAGUCUCCAACCGGCCCACUUACGCGACGGCACUCACGGGCGGUGAGGGUUGUGAGUUUACCGACAUUGAGGAGAUCCGCGAUGGCUUCUCAGAGAUGACGAUGCUCUUCGGCGCUGCCACCCCGUUCGAUCUCACUUCUCAGCCAGCGCGAGAGCUCUUUGGUUCGUCAAUACUAGGGAACUAUACAGAUAUGAUUGCGACAAAUCUGCAGCGGGCAGCGAAUUAUGGCGUACUGGUGGGGGGACAAGGAGCAGUAAACUCGGACAUACACAUACGAUGCGACGACCCCAUGAAGCUCUGCAACAAAGGCAACAAGCGCGAAGGCGACCACGCGGCAUACAACAUUGGCAACGACCCCCACGUAGUAUUCUGUCCCGACUACUUUACCAUGGACUCGCUCGACGCGCGCAUCGACAGGAAAGCACAGAACCAGAUAGAAAAGGACCGGUUGAUGGAAUACUACAACCGCGCAGCCCUCUGGGCGCGGAUGGUUAUGCACUUUAGUGAGAUUGGUAUAGCAGUCGUCCAGCGUCCUGCACCCGCGCCUCUCAACUCGACGAGUGAGUGGGUCAUUGCUGAAUCUCGAGGUGCCAUGAACACCUCUGUGCUCGCUGGUGUACUCAACGAACAGCCUGAUAGACGCACGGAUCCACAAACCCUCAAGUACGCCUAUGGCGCCACACGUGCGAAAUUGCUUGCUGUGUUGUCCACGCAGAUGCCCUAUGAUGCUGCGAAUAAUGCGGAGAAUUACGCCUUGUAUGCGCUGGCACAGUAUAUCAUAAAGAGGAGGGGUUUCUACCCGGCCGUUCCAAUAAUGGAUUUCCCGAACGAGGCCAGUGUGCUUACGAAUGAGAACCUGCAGGAUGGAGAGAGGGUCAAAUAUGCGUAUUUUGAUGCUGUGGAUGUUGUUGCGAGACCAGCGAAUAUGGUAUUAAAGGGUGCGCCGUUGCCUUCUUCGGAUGCGUCAGCCAACGUCGUGUCAUCUGCGGUGGUGGGUCUGGCAAUCAUUCUGAUGGCACGCUCUUUUCUCUUCUCAUUCAUGGGUUGA